AAUUUGAGGAUUAUAUCACUGCUUAAUAUACGCCUCCUGGCGUUACCAUUAUAAUAGCGCUUACACUAUUGAUAAUUGCAUAAAUAACAUGGAUACGAAGUACAUGCAUAAUGAUAUACAGUUAGACCAGCUCUCAACAGCGAAGGAUGCGUAAAUGCCAGUCGAUCCACUAUCUCAGCGGCACUUAUAAUGGAAGCGGGCAGCAUCAUGAUACAUUUUCAGCCAAUACGCCAGAAUCAGCUUCGACGGGCUUGCGACAAAUGUCACCGAUCUAAAUUAAAAUGCAUACGGGAUAACGACGACGAGCCGUGUCAACGUUGCAUUCGCGCUAACGCCGAAUGUGUUUCCAGCCCUCCGGCGUCAUCACGGCGUCGGACUCGGAAUCCACCUGCUCAAGCCGACGAGCAAGAAAUAUCAAUUGAUAUUGAAUCAUCUCAAAUGGAUAUCGACAUAUCUGAUCCAAUUGGCGCGGUUGAUAAGCAUCAUAUCAUCAUAAACCCUUCAAUCUUAGCAACCAAUACCCCUGAAUCACCAGUGCCAGCGGUAGCAGGUCCAGAUUCCAACCGGCCAGACCCGAGAGGGGGCAUAUUAUCUCCCGAUGAGCCCAUUACGGAUCUUAUAUCUUUACUUGAAAGGUUAUCAAACCUCAAUAUCCGCUUAAUGCGCCACUUACACACGAUCCCAGAAGUCCACACCACCGGCGCCCCAUCACAACCAGGGACAAGGCAGUUUAGUAUAGACGAGACUUUCCACAUCUCGCAAGCGUUCAUAGACAUUAUAAGCCAAAUAUACGCCUCCUCGGAACUCCUCAUGUACUCGUGUUACCUACGCUUGAUCGAGACGUACGACCGGAUCUUGCGACUCGUACAACAAGUUUUUUCCAUCUCUCAUAGAGAACCACCAUCAUCAACAGCAGCACCUUCUAACCGCGCUAGUAACAGAGGUAUCCAAUUCCCGUUCCAGAUGCCAGGGUUUUCCGUCGGCUCGUUCUCCCUGCCGUCGACGAUGCCGGGGGAGACCCAAGCCGUGUUUCUCGUCAACUCCGUGGACGCGAUGAUGGCGCGGGCCAGGGAAUUAGUCGCCCAAGCGACGGUGCCGAAGCAGACGGCCGGGUACAGGGGCAAUUUCGAGUCCUUUGGUGGUAUUUCUCUGGUUAUUGUACCGGAUUUGGCGAGGAAUGCGAUUCGCGCGAGGGAGAAUGCGCUGCUUGGCUUGGUUAAUGAUCUUAAGAAGACUAUUGUGCGUUCUAGCUGAUGGUACGCCAUAUAUCUGGCUGAGGAAAAGGGCUCCAUGGGAUGCAGAUUAUAUUUUCGUAAGGAUAUUACUACUAAAAAUAGUACCCCCGA